AACCAGAAUAUAUUAUGUAGAAGUGAAACUAAAACAGUAUGUUUCACUGAGAGCUAAAAUGGAGCAGGGAGCAGUUCAACUAAACCAAGGUAACAUGUCCUGUUCGAUCUGUUUGGAUCUACUGAAUAAUCCAGUGACUAUUCCCUGUGGACACAGCUACUGUAUGAACUGUAUUAAAGACUUCUGGGAUGGAGAAAAUCAAAGGAGGAUCCACAGCUGCCCUCAGUGUAGGAGGAAGUUCAUACCGAGGCCUGUCCUUGAGAAAAACAUAAUUUUAGCUGCCUUAGUGGAGGAUCUGAAGAAGACCGGACUCCAAGCAGCUCCAGCUGAUCACUGCUAUGCUGGACCUGAUGAUGUGGCCUGUGAUGUCUGCACUGGUAGGAAGAUAAAAGCUGUCAAGUCCUGCUUCACUUGUCCAGCUUCUUACUGUCAGAAUCACCUCCAGCCUCACUAUGAUGUCCCUGGAUUGAAGAAGCACAAGCUUAGAGACCCCACCAAGUCACUCCUACUAAACAUCUGCUCUCGUCAUGAUGAGGUGAUGAAGAUCUUCUGUCGUACUGAUCAGCAGUGUAUCUGUUAUCUCUGCACCAUGGAUGAACAUAAAGGCCAUGAAACAGUCCCAGCUGUGGCAGAAAGGACUGAGAAGCAGAAGGAGCUCCAGGAGAGACGACAACAAAUCCAGCAGAGAAUCCAGGACCAGAAGAAAGAUGUGAAACUGCUUCAACAGGAGGUGGAGGCCAUCAAUGGCUCUGCUGAUAAAGCAGUGGAGGACAGUGAGAAGAUCUUCACUGAUCUGAUCCGUCUCAUCCAGAAACGAAGCUCUGAUGUGACUCAGCAGAUCAGAUCCCAGCAGGAAACUGAAGUGAGUCGAGUCAAAGAGUUUCAGGAGAAGCUGGAGCAGGAGAUCACUGAGCUGAAGAGGAAAGAUGCUGAGCUGGAGAAGCUCCUAAUCACAGAGGAUCACACCCAGUUUCUCCAGAAUUACCCCUCACUGUCAGCACUCAGUGAGUCUACACACUCAUCCAGCAUCAAUAUUCGUCCUCUGAGAUACUUUGAGGAUGUAACAUCAGCUUUGGUGGGUCUCAGAGAAACACUAAAGAACAUCCUGAGAGACACAUGGACAAACAUCUCACUGUCAAUCACUGAAGUGGACGUUCUACUUUCAGAACCAAAGACAAGAGCUCGAUUAUUAAAGUAUUCAAAAGCAAUUUCUCUGGAUGAAAACACAGCAAACAGAAGGCUUUUAUUAUCUGAGGGGAACAGAAAAGUCAGAAGAAUAAACCAGCAACAGCCUUAUCCUGAUCAUCCAGACAGAUUCAGUGAUUAUAAACAGGUCCUGAGCAGAGAGAGUCUGACUGGCUGUUGUUACUGGGAGGUGGAGUGGAGAGGAGAGGUUGAUGUGGCAGUUUCAUACAAGAACAUCAGCAGAGCAGGAGAGUCAGAUGAUUGUUUGUUUGGAUUCAACAAUAAAUCUUGGUCUUUAUAUUGCAACAUAAACAGUUAUACAUUUUGUCACAACAGCAUUAAAACUCCAGUAUCAGGUCCAGUUUCGUCCAGAAUAGGCGUGUAUCUGGACCACAGAGCAGGUAUUCUGUCUUUCUACAGCGUCUCUGAAACCAUGACUCUCCUCCAUAGAGUCCAGACUACAUUCACUCAGCCUCUAUAUGCUGGAGUUUAUGUCUAUUAUGGAACCUCUGCUGAAAUUGUUAAUCUACAGUAAGAAUUACUCUGAGGU